ACGCUAUCAGUUUCCGGUUGAAGUGUAAAUGGAUACAUGACACAGUUGUUUGGAGGAAACGAUCUUCGGGAAAACGCUCCACGGCUAAAACAUUACUGACGGGAAUUCGACAUUAAUCCCCGCUGACGGUGUCGUAAGGUGUCGGCCGCGAUGGAAGCGGUCCCGCGAAUGCCGAUGAUCUGGCUGGAUCUGAAAGAGGCAGGGGAGUUCCAGUUUAGUCCGUCCGUGAAGCAGUUCAUCCUAAAGAACUAUGGAGAGAAUCCAGACAACUACAACGAGCAGCUGAAGAAACUGGAGACUCUGCGGCAGAAUGCUGUGAAUGUGACAAGAGAUUUCGAGGGAUGCAGCACCUUGAGGAAGUACUUUGGCCAGCUGCAUUACCUCCAGAGUCGAGUUCCGCUGGGGGGAGGCCAGGAGGCGGCGGUACCCAUCUCAUGGACUGAAAUUUUCUCUGGAAAAACAGUCACCCACAAUGACAUCAGCUAUGAGCAGGCCUGCAUCCUUUACAAUCUGGGAGCGCUGCACUCCAUGUUGGGAGCCAUGGAUAACCGCGUUUCAGAGGAGGGCAUGAAGGUGUCCUGCACUCACUUCCAGUGCUCAGCCGGAGCGUUCUCCUACCUGAGAGAUCAUUUCAACCACAACUACAGCGUGGACAUGAGCCACCAGAUCCUUAACCUCAACAUCAACCUUAUGCUAGGUCAGGCUCAGGAAUGUCUCCUAGAGAAAUCCAUGUUGGACAACCGGAAAAGUUUCCUGGUUGCCCGCAUCAGUGCUCAGGUGGUGGAUUAUUAUAAAGAGGCCUGCAGGGCUCUGGAGAACUCCGAGACAGCCUCCAUGCUGGGGAAGAUCCAGAAAGACUGGAAAAAACUGGUUCAGAUGAAGAUCUACUACUUUGCUGCUAUUGCACAUCUUCAUAUGGGAAAGCAGGCAGAGGAGCAGCAGAAAUACGGAGAACGGCUGGCAUAUCUGCAGAGCUCUUUGGACAAACUCACUGAAGCCAUCAAGCUAGCUAAGGGCCAACCUGACAGCGUGCAGGAGGCCCUGAAGUUCACCAUGGAUGUCAUCGGAGGAAAGUUUAAUUCUGCCAAAAAGGACAAUGACUUCAUUUAUCACGAGACUGUUCCAUCGCUGGAGACUCUAGCCUCAGUUAAAGGUGCUCCGCUGGUAAAAGCUCUGCCGGUUAAUCCGACCGACCCCAGUGUCACUGGACCAGACCUGUUUGCUAAACUGGUGCCCAUGGCUGCCCAUGAAGCGUCUUCUCUGUACAGUGAGGAGAAAGCAAAGCUGCUAAGGGACAUCAUGGCCAAGAUUGACAGCAAGACUGAAACCUUAGAGCAGUUUAUGGACUCGUUGGGCUUGGAGCCAGAGUCUGUUGACAACCUGGACAUGUACAACCACAUCCCACCGGUUUUGAUGGAGAAGUGUGCUGCCCUCAGUGUCCGACCCGACACCGUCAAGAGCCUCAUUCAGUCCAUGCAGGUUCUCUCAGGAGUGUUUACCGAUGUGGAAUCUUCGCUGAAGGAGAUCCGAGAUGUUCUGGAAGGAGACGAAGCUGGCGAGCGAGCCCUUCAGGAAAUGUGUGGCCCCACUGCAGCUGAGCUACAUUCGGCUGCACAGAGCCAAGCUCUGGCUGAAAUUCAGAGAGAUCUUGAGAAGUACAUGGAGGCCCAUGAGAAGGCCAGUUUUACCAACACAGAACUACACCGGGCAAUGAACCUGCACAUCAGCAACUUGCGACUGCUUGGGGGACCUUUGGAAAGUCUCAGAGAUGCUCUGCCAAAGCCCCAGCUCAGUGAAGAGGAAAUGGCAGGGCUGCAGCGUAUGAAGAGAAUCCUGGGAAAGGUUCAGGAGAUGAGGGAACAACGGGGCUCUUUGGAAAAACAACUCCGUGACCUCAUUCAAACGGAUGACAUCACCUCCACUCUUGUUACCACAGAGAGAGCAGACAUGAAGCAUAUAUUUGAGGACCAGCUGAAGAAGUAUGAGCAAGUAAAGGUCUAUAUUGACCAGAACUUAUCAGCACAGGAAAACAUCCUGAAGGCCCUGACUGAGGCAAAUGUCCAGUACGCCUCGGUACGUAAGGGCCUGAACCAGACCGAACAACAGUGGAACAGUACAGUCCAGGGACUAGUGGGCUCAUAUGAAGCCUAUGAAGACCUGAUGAAGAAGUCCCAGGAGGGAAAAGAGUUCUACGAUGACCUGGAAGCCAAAGCCUCACGUCUGCUGGAAAGAGCCAAGACCCUGUGUCACACCAGGGCAGAGGAGAGGAAGCCCCUCCUGGAAAAGGAUAAAAAGCCCCCAGCGCGGCCUACAGCUGCUAAGCCUUCCCUCAAGCCGAGAACGUCUGAUGUGGAUUCUGGGUCUUCUAGCCUUGAGGAUCCAGAACUGGCCCAGCUCAAUGCAGCCAUCAUGGCUUUAGGGGGCGACCUGCCUGAGGACCUUCGAAGCCUUCCUCCUGAUAUUUCUUCCCUCCCUACCACUGCAGGCCGUCUGCCAGGUCCUGGUAGCAGCUCCCUGCCCUGGGCUGGCGGUCAUGCUGCAGGCAUUCCUCAUUUCCCUCCCAACCUUCCACCUCCUGAACUUCUGGCAAGAAUUGCUCAGUUUCCCACUUCUGGGGGUCUACCAACACAGGGUCCCCUACCACGUGUGCCCCUCCCUCAGAUGACUCAUCACAGGCCUCCUCAAAUGCCUGCCCAGCCGGUUGUAUCUGGUUACCGGGCGCCUCCUCCUCAGGCUCCUCAACCAGGCCUUGUUGCUCCACUACCUAUCCGCCCAUCUACCACAACUGUGGACAGCAUUCAGGCUCCCAUCCCCAGCUACACCCCCACCCCGCAUCACCCUGUCCCUCCUCCGGCCUCUAGUGGUUACACUGUGCCACAGAUUGGAGCAUAUCCACACAUGAUGAAUCACCCGGGAGCCCCCAUUCAAGUCCCAGGCCAGACAACUGCACCUCAGAAGCAUACGUACCCCCAACCUAUUGCCCAACCUCUUCCUCAGGGGUAUCAGCCAGGACCAAGGGCCGCUCCUAUUCCAGCUCAACAAGUUUACACCCCUGGAUACAUUCCACCUCAGCCUAAUGUUCCUCCAAAUUACCAGCAGGCAUUUCCAGGUCAGCUUCAACACCAACAAAAUGGUUUUCCUCCCCGACCUCAGGUACCGCAAGGUUAUCAGGCACCACAAAACUUUAUACCCCAGCAACACCCUCAGAUGAUGCCAGGCUCUAUGCCGAGGCCUCCCCAGACUGCACAUCCACCAACAUCUUCAACUUCUCACCCAACACCUCCGCUAUCUGCCCCAUACUCACCCUAUCCCAACCAACAGAUGCCCCCUGGACUCCCUCACCAACAGAUGUCACAGCAUCAACAAAUUCCACUCCCUCCUGGUGCUCAGCAUGUUCUGCCACACCCACAGAUGCAAAUACCAGGUGGUCACAGAGCACAGUUGCCGCCUACGAGUCAAACAAUACCUCCUGUGUCACAUAACUACAUUCCCCCAAACCUGCAUCCUCAGAUGCCUCCUUCCUCUCAGCCACAUGUGCCCUCUGGUCCCCAGGUCAACCUGCCAAGAGGUCCCCAAAUGCCUCAGAAUGCAUUAGCUGCACAGCGUCAACCCAUUCCCAUGCAGAUGCCGAGGCAACCCCACCCUCACCCUUCUCAUCCUGGAGGGGGUUGCUACCCUGGUGGUGCUCUAAUGAUGCCUCAGCAGCCUUUGGCGCCCCAACCUGCAUCUCUCCAACAACCUCAGGUUUCUCUCCCUAUGACUCACUCCCAACCUGCUACUCUCUAUCCUUCUCCAGCAGGGACAAACGUACCUCCAGGUGCCCCUCAACCCCCCUCUGUGGUCGGCCCCCUCUCCCCUGCAGUUCCACAUAUGAUUUCACCCUGUCCUGGAGGCCCCGCAGUAGUGCCACCAACCAACACUGUUGCACCUUCUCCUUCUCCAUCCCCAUCCCUGUCUCCUGGUCCAGCCUCGCUGGGUAUGACACCCACUCCUGGAGGCACAGUCCCACCCACUCUUCCCACCCCUUCUGGUGUUCCUCCAUCUACAUCUUUGUUUCAACGCCAAAACUCUAGCACAGAUGAUCUCCUAUCCUCCAGCCCAGAGAGCCAACACGGAGGCACCAAGGGGCCUACCAAUGUCCUCCAACCCACCAAAGCAGACCCUCAGGACGGGGAGCGUCGAAAGAAGAACUCCCAGGGAGUUCUGCUGAUCCAGGGAGAUCCGUACCAAGCCCCGGAACGUGUGGCCCGUCUUCACAGUGAACUGGGACAUUAUCGGGCCCAGGUAGAAUCCCUGGAGCACCCCUCAGAGAAUGAAGGAGGGGUGUCAGUACUGGAUGCACGCUGGAAAGAGCUGCAGGACCAGCAGGAGAAGGACGCCCGGCAGCUGUCCAUCGCCAUCGCCCGCUGCUACACGAUGAAGAACCGCCACCAGGAUGUCAUGCCUUAUGAUUUCAACCGUGUUGUUCUGCAGUCAGGCAAAGAUGACUACAUCAACGCCAGCUUUGUAGAUGACUUGUCGGCGUACUGCCCUCGCCUGAUUGCCACUCAGGCUCCACUCACCGGCACCGCGGCCGACUUCUGGCUAAUGGUGUACGAGCAGAAGGUCUCGCUCAUUGUCAUGCUUGUUUCGGAGCAAGAGCUCGACAAGGGAAAAGUUUUGCGCUACUUCCCCACAGAGCGCGGCCAGCAGCUCUCUCAGGGACCAAUCACACUCAGUCUCACCACACAGAAGAUGACGCCAACACAUGUGGAGCGCAUGAUCAGUUUGCAGUACCGUGACCAAAGCCUGAAGCGGACCGUCGUCCACCUCCAGUUUACAUCCUGGCCAGAGCUAGGUCUUCCUGACAGCAAGAGCAACCUGCUGCGAUUCAUCCAGGAGGUUCACGGACACUACCUCCACCAGAGGCCCUUACAGACUCCUGUUGUGGUUCACUGCAGCUCGGGUGUUGGACGCACCGGCGUCUUCUGUCUGCUGUACGCGGCUCUGCAGGAGCUGGAGGCUGGAAACGGCAUUCCAGACCUUCCAUUGUUGGUGAAGAAGAUGAGACAGCAGAGGAAGAACAUGCUGCAGGAGAAGCUCCACCUGAAGUUUUGCUAUGAAGCUGUGUUGAAACACGCUGAGCAGGUCCUUCAGCGCCAUGGCAUCACUACUGCCACCUACAGCAAGAACACAACCUCUGCAGCCACAAAGCCUUACUCCAGACAGGAGUCCCAGCAGGAUAUCGUCCUCGGCGGCGAUAUGCCCAUCAGCUCCAUCCAAGCCACCAUCGCCAAGCUCAGCAUUCGCCCGCCCAGCGCAGACCUCACCAUGGAGGGCGGAGCCUCCUGCGGCCCAGAGGAGCACUUUGGGGUGAUGUCACCAACCCUGGACUCAAUGGGCGACGUGCAGCUGCUUCAGGAACCCAGUCAGCCUCCGUCGUCCUUAAGCCCGCCUCUCACCUCCCCGCCUCACUCUCCUCCACCACCCAACGGCCUCAACUGUCUCUCCCCAUCGACUCCGCCUGCACCCAACCACCAGCCACUCCCGGAGUCGGCACCUUCAGCCAGUCCGCCUCUUGCUUCCUCCGUUCCUGCUCCCUCAUCACUGGAGCUGCUGGCCUCUUUGACGCCCGAGGCCUUCUCCUUGGAGGGAGGUGGCCGGGGGAAGCAGCGAGUCACCAAGCAGAACUUCCUGCAGCCGGCCGAAGGUCAGGGCAUCCACGGGACGCGAGGCGACGACAGCAGCGACCCGCUCAGCAGCCUGGAUCCGCUCUGGAGCCUCAACAAGCACUGAGACAAAUCAAGGCUGCUGCCGUUCUCUUUUUUCACCACCAGGGGUCAGCAAAGGGCCUGUAGCUUUUUCCCCCCUUAUCCUGCUUUUGAAGACGAACCUGAAUCCUGGGAGCGUCAGAAACACUUUAGAGAAGAUUACCAAGAUGUGCCUGUUGGCCAGCGGUAGCAGAGAGAUCCCUGAAACAAAAAAAAACACUUGCUUCUCUUUUCAUUACUGGUGGAUUCUAGGACCAGAUCACUAUGCACUUGCAUCUCUCAGAUUGCUCGGUCACCUUUUGCUGCUUUUCUUUUUACGUUUUGGGACAGCUGUGCACUUCCAGCUCCAACAUAUUGGGCCGUCUGAAACGUAGGCACUCCAAACUUCUUCACAUGAGGCUGUGAAUCUUUGGGCACGCGGGAUGAGCUUGGCUAGAGUAGUUUUGAAGCUCUGUUGUCAUGGUAACACAUCAGCAAACAAAUUGGCACGUUUUAACAUGUUGAUUUAUUUCUCUGUAACUCUGUAAAUAUCCUACAUAAAGUUAGAUGACUCCAAAAGAAAUCUUCCUUUACUGAAAAAUCACUAAUUGUUCAUUAUUGUAAAGACAUUCAAUAAAGUAGAAAUAAUAAAAA